AUGCCACUCCGUCUAACCAGCCCGCAGUUCCGUGCCUUUUCGACAAAGUUCGACAAAUUCGAGCUCUAUGGAGGUCGGCCAAUUCCCGCCAAUAAGGAGCGGUUGAUCCCGACCUCGGGGAGUUAUCCAAAGGGGUUCAAAGUGGGCAGCACUCGCGCAGGGAUUAAGCCUGCCGAUAACAUUCAGCCAGACUUGCUCAUCGUUGCCUCAGAUACACCGGCAUCGGGCGCCGCAGUCUUGACUAAGAAUGAAUUCUGCGCUGCGUCUGUGACAGUCACCCGCGAGCUUAUGCGCCGUACCAAUGGUGCUGGACUGCGAGGCGUCAUUGCGAAUUCGGGGUGCGCCAAUACUCUUACCGGACAGGCGGGACUUGAUGAUGCAAUUUCCAUGGGCCGCCGAGCCGCGAAAUGUAUAUCCACCGGCACUGCCGAUGAGGGAUCAUCUCUGAUGGUUAUGCAUACAGGCGCAGGUGCUCAGCGACUACCGAUUGACAACAUUCUGAAUCAUAUACCUAAAUUGGCUCAAAAUAUGGGAAAUACACAUGGUCACUGGCUCGAGGCCGCGGUCGCCUUAAGUACAACCGACACGUAUCCGAAAUUGAUGUCAAGGACCUUUACCUUGCCUUCUGCACCGAAAACUAACUUUUCCCUCGCUGGUCUCACCAAAGGCGCCGGUAUGGUCCAUCCGAACAUGGCCACCACGCUAGGAAUCAUUUGCACAGACGCUCCAGUUACACUAACCGCCCUGCAGAUCCUCCUUCGAGGUGCUGCAUCCAAGUCAUAUAACUGUAUUUCCAUCGAUGGUGACACAUCCACCAAUGACAUGGUCGCUAUGUUUGCCAAUGGAGCAGCUGCAUCUUCUGACCAACCCGCGGUAGACGUCUCUCCAGAGCCGUCGGCCGACUUUGUCGCAUUGCAGCACGUUCUCAACGGGUUCAUGUCUGAAAUGGCUAAGCUGGUUGUACGGGACGCCGAGGGUGCCUCGAAAUUCAUCACGAUUCGGGUCCGUGGGUCGCCAUCUUAUGAUGCAGCUCAUCAUAUUGCGUCGGUGAUCGCACGUUCUGUACUCUGGAAGACGGGGAUAUAUGGACUAGACCCGAAUUGGGGUGGAAUUCUGGCCGCACUUGGAUAUUCGCUUCUGGACACUCCGUUCGCCGGAAAGGGUAUUAUCAUCCCCGAGCAGACAUCUGUGAGUUUCAUGGAUGGCUCUGAGGUUGUCAAGUUCUUAGAUCGCGGGGUACCGGUGCCCGUUGAUGAGGCAAAGAUAAAACAGAUCAUGGAGGAAGAAGAUCUAGAAACUAUCGUGGACUUGAGGCAUGGGAUGUCUGAGGAUAUUGCGCCCGAGGAGGCAGUUUAUUGGACGUGCGAUAUGACGCAUGAUUUCAUUUCAAUGAACUCGGGAGUUGAAAUUCGCGUGGUCUUUCCCCCUCACUAUGAGUCCUUCAAAAUCGGGGGUGUUCCGGAGCCAUCCGCGCUUUCGACCAAAGCUUGCUUUUUACUAAAUAUUUAUGUCCCGAUGGAGCAACCGCCUAGAAAGAAAAGAUUCUCCAGCCAGGAAGAACGAGCGUUGAUUGAUAAAUACAAAAUCAAGUUUGAGGGGCCGGUUUCCCCGGCUCGUUGGCCGGAACAGAAUUUAGCUAUAUUCACCAUCAUCCGCAAAAUUGAAGACAUUAAGUAUAACACUUACCUGGAGCAAACACAUACCAAUACCCCGAAGGGGAUACAGAGGGCAAAAACAGUGAACAAGGUUAAUCGUCUUGUUUCCGCUGCAUAUGAUUGCCGUGAUCUUGAAGCCAACGAGUGGACUUGGAGGUCCAAGACGGAGUUCCCUCUAUUAGAAUUUUUUGAGGAAGACAUAGAGUGUCGGAAAUGUCAACAGCGACGAUGGGCUCCCGAGUUCUGUGCGCCAAUUGCGCCAAACGAGGAGAGAGUGCAAACAGCCCACGGAGAGAUGGGUAUUUGUCAGUGCAGUGAAAGCGGUAUUGAUGGAUAUGGGGCCAUCGACAAGAACGCCAUAUUUGCGGGACAGCCGCACGCAGGAAUUACAGAUAUUUCCGUUCCUGAGAUCAGAACAAAGUACCCCGAUAGGGUCAUUGGACUUCGGAGAACACCAAUACUCAGUGCUGGCCUUCGACGUCAUCCAAGCCUAGUUUCCUGUCCAGUAAAGGACGCAGACCAUAUUUUGUUUCCUUUCCUGAUAAUUGAAGCCAAGUCUGAGAUUCAAACAUCCGGGUUUACGGCUAUCGAGAAGCAGACUGCGUUUCCUAUUAAAAGACUUCUCGAUAUUCAAAAGGCUUUGAGAAAAAGAAGGCAAGAGCCGGAAGAAAACAGCUUAGUUUGGUUCUUGGCUUUCAGUGGGGAUGAAUGGAGACUCUAUGGGUGUGUUCCUAGAGCAGAUGAAACAGUAAGGUUCUUUGAAGAGAUCUAUAUCCCUUACUAA